GCAGCUUUUAUUGGAUGUUCCGCUGUCAGGCAGCGCUGAGGAGCUGGAAGGACAAACUGUUAAUCAGCCUGAAUGAAGCCACAUUCUGCUGGUUCCGGACCCGCCAGACCCGAAGAAUCCGGAUCUCGGUUCUGAAACUUGUGGACACGGAGCUGUUUAUGUUUUAUUUUUUUAUUAUUAUGAUUUAAUUUUUUAAAGAUAAAUUUUCUCCGUGUCUGAAGCAGAGGAGGAACCUCCACAUUUACAACAAACACUUUUUUUUUCUGCACAAUGAGACCGGACCGCUGGUUCUGACCGGACCGCGGGUUCUGACCGGACCGAAGCCACCGAGCAGCUGCUCCCAGGUUUGGAUCAUCCUGAGCCGGGCAGCAGGAAUGGAGCCCGGGAGCCCGGUUCUGGAUGCGUGAGUCCGGGCUGAUGGAUGGGGCGCUGCGUCGGGCUGCGUGGCCUGCGGUGUGACCGGAGCCGAGAGACCCCCCCACCCCCCCGCGACGUUCCAGCCUGUUGAUGAUGAGGAGGCGCGCAGGACCCGAGCCAAGAGUCCGCUCAGACCCGCUGCUCUGCUGAACCGAGCCCAGCCGAACCGGACCGGAUCGUUGUGAUACAGGCCGCUGCUCCGGAUCCGCUCAUGGCUCCGAGCUGAAGGACGACGUGAGAAGCCCCGCACGGACGCGCGCAGGAGAAGAAAUAAAGAAAUGGAUGUAAAGUCGUGCGUGAAGCUGCGCGGAGCGGCGCGGGCCUGCUGACGGCGGCGGGAAGUUGAGGAAGAUGAGAAAACGGUGAUGAGCAGCCCGGGAAUAACGGAACCGAGCUUUCCAGCGCGAGACGCGUCAGCCUCCGAGAUUAAAGGUCCAAUUAAGUUCAUGUGAAAAACAGGAGGGAGGAAAUCAGCUUCCUGGAUGUGGGGGCGGGUGGGCAGGGGGGGUCCGCACAGAUUUAUUAUUCAUGCCUUGUGUUGGAGCGGCGGUUCGGUUCUGCUGUGGCCCAGAUGAUCCGCACGGUUCUGUGURUCUGUGAAGCUCAGUGAGGAAGACUGUCUGGACCUCUUGACGCACUGAAGCAUGGGCUGUGCUUCAAGUAUCCAUAUCUCUGACAGGGUGGUCUACCACAGUGGAAAAGAGUCCGAGGAUUCCCACUCCCCCCAGCAGACCAACACGACUCAGCAUCAAGGAAAUCCUGCCUCUGGACUGCCCCUGAAACCCCCCAGCUGCAAGACCACAUYAACAGAGGUGCAAUUUGGACCAAUGAAGUUAUAUAAAGACCCACUUCAGGUACUUUUAGUUUUUGCCAAAGAGGACAGUCAGAGUAAUGGCUUCUGCUGCGCGUGUGACAAGGCCAGCUACAGGUGCAGCGUGGCGCGAACACCUGACUCUGCUCUGGAGUGCUUCUCGGAGAAGCACCACGACCUCGUCGUCAUCGACCACAGACAUUCCAGACAGUUUGACGCUGAAGCACUGUGCCGGUCGAUCCGAGCGCUCAGCUCCUCAGAAAACACUGUGAUAGUCGCCGUUGUGAAAAGGCCCGACAGGGAAGAAGCCUCCGUGAUGCCGCUCAUCAACGCUGGCUUCAACAGGAGAUAUGUGGAAAAUGCCAACGUGAUGGCGUGUUACAACGAGCUGCUGCAGCUGGAGCACGGGGAGGUCCGGGCCCACUUCAAGCUGAGGGCCUGUAACGCCAUUUUCACAGCUCUGGAACAAAGCCAAGACGCCAUAGAGAUCACGUCUGAAAAUCAAGUUAUUCAGACAGACGAGGAGAAGAGACAAGGUCUCCCGGUGGUCAUGCCUGUGUUUGACAGAAACACGUGUAGCAUCCCAAAGUCCCAGAUUUCCUUCAUAGACUACUUCAUCACAGACAUGUUUGAUGCGUGGGACGCCUUUGCAGACCUCCCCAAUCUGAUGCAGCACUUGGACAACAACUUCAAGUACUGGAAAGGCCUGGACGAGCGGAAGCUGCACAGCCUGAGACCCCCUCCKGAGUAGGUCCUGGUGGGCCCUGGCACACGCCUCGUCCCGGGGCGGACCUCCUCCCUCCCGCUGGAGCGUUACUCCCCCCGCUCCGCCAGCCCAGCCAGCCGCGGGGGCCUCCUCGCCUUUACUGUCCUGCUUCUGUAGCACGCCGAGCGUCCACGUGUCCGUCCGCACCCAACCCGCAGAGGGACCCCCCCUCACGCUGCAGAYGAAGCCCGCCGGAUCAGAACUCCUGUGAACUCCUCUGGCCUGGUUUUACUCGCGGCGUGGCUGACUGAACGAGGGUCCGCGCGGGGAGCUCGGCCCCUCUCUGGCCGUGACGUUAGGAGUAAAAACUGCUCGCUCGCAGGAGUGGAUGCGCUCGGCGCACGUCGGAACACGGGGGUCACCUCUGACCUUUGAACCCUCCGGAGGCCGCACCAUGGAAGUACACUCCACUGCUUCUCUUCUGUUUGCUUUGGUUUUCAGGCAAUAUUUUCACGUGUCCUUCAGAAACACUAAUGAUGUGAGAUUAAAGGAGGGCAGGGGGGCGGGGCUUCCUUUAUGAGUGGACCUUGUAUUCUUGCCCCCCCACCUGCUGAGAGACAAAAACCUCAACAUGUUGAACGAAGGUUUCUAAUUAUUUGCUCCUUUUUUCCAUGUUUUCUAUAUUCAAAUCCACAAAUGAAUUAGUAACGAAUCAGUUAAAAAGAAGCCGAAGCUAAAGAGUCGAGAACUAGGAGUGAAAAAUUCACAUUUAUUAGUCGUUAUUAAUCUUUUUUAUUUUCAUAUCAAGACUACAGUUUGAAUGAAGUCUUUUGUAUCGCACUGUAAACAGAAAGAAUGGGUCGUUGCAUUGGAGAAUAAGCUGUUGAUCAUCGUGUGUGUGUGUGUGUGUGUGUGUGUGUGUGUGUGUGUGUGUGUGUGUGUGUUGCAACAAUCCCUGACUCCUGGUUUAAAGCUGUAAACAGCUUUGACAGCAGCAGAGAUACAUGAAAACCGUUUUGGACUUGAACAGUUUUGUUUUUGUUUGUUUCCUCCCAGAGCAGUUUUGUAUCUGUUUGUCCUACUGAAAAGACUGCCUUAUUUUGUACAAUAUUUAUAUACAGCAACAUCCCACUGUGCAACUGCAGCAGACAUCUGGAGUUUUUAUUACCACGCAGCCAGAAGGUCACCUUCAAGUAAAUCUCAAUAUUUUUAUAGACGAUGAAUUUUACACUGGAUUUGCAGCAGGUGAGACGAAGGAUGAUGUGAGUACCUGUGAAGGACGAGGCCACGCAGAGGGAAGAGUUGUCUAUCACUGUCGUUCAGCCGUCUCCAAGAGGCCGGCCUGAAUUAACUUUCUGUUGUUUUUGUUUGUUUUGGAUCAAACGUCCUCCUCUUGACCAACUGUCCAACAUCCUCUCUGCACAGAUUUGGGUAACAUCUUUUUCUUUACGGUUGGAUUCAGAUUAGGAUACUAAUAUAUGUUAAAGAUUGUUGCUUCUUAGGAAUAUUUCCUCUUUAAACAGUAUAAAAUGUCAUAACAGCUCAGCCAGGGGUGGUUAAUAAGAUGCAUUAACCGUGGUUCUUUUGGUUUCUCUCUCUCUCUUACGGCAGAAAUGUAAACAAUCAGGGGAUUUGGUUGUUCCUUCUGAUUCACGUUUUGGUCUGAAGGCACGGAAAAACAUUAGAGAUUAUUCAAUGAAAAAUAAAAUAAUGUCAACUACA